UAAUCAGAAGGUUAACCGCUGCGCUAAUACAACACUGAGGAGUUAUCUUAGAAAUCGAGCUUGCUAACUAUAAAGAAAUAAUACAGGGGGACUAUAAACAAGAAACGCCCAUCAGGAUGGCCAAUGUGCUCUGCAGUAGAGCCAGGCUGGUCACCUACCUCCCAGGGCUUCACCUUCUGGUGCAACGUAUCACAGGAGCCAGAACUUUCUCUGGGGCGUCUGGUUCUGAUGAGCCCCACAUCAACACUACACCCCCUGAUAUGGGGCCAAGGACGGUGUGGCCAGAUGAGACUAUGGGCCCCUUUGGCCCUCAGGACAAGCGUUUCCAGUUGCCUGGCAAUGUAGGUUUCGCCUGCCAACUGGGGGACACUGUGGGGCAGAAUAUGGCCCGGCUCCCCCGGACCGUACCAGACGUCCUCACAGCCCAGUCCAGCAGCGAGAGGCACGAGUUUGUCCUGGCCCAGUUUGUCAACGAGUUCCAUGGGAAAGAGGAGGUUUCUUCACUGCAGGAUUUCAACAGAGUAGAGCAGUAUUUUGGCCAUUCCAGUGUGGAAUGUGCAGUACAGUCAUGCCCCGAACUGCUAAAGAAAGACUUUGAGAUGAUGUUCCCUGAAGCUCCGUCCAGUGGUAUGAUGGUAGUUACUGUGACUCAGAGAACAGAGAACGACAUGACUGCCUGGUCCGCCGACGUGGACCAGGAGAGGGAGGAGCUGCUGGCUAAAUUCAUUGCAGGGGCAAAGGAGAUCUGCUACGCCCUUCACUCUGAGGGCUUUUGGGCUGAUUUUAUUGACCCAUCAUCUGGACUAGCAUUUUUUGGCUCCUACACAAACAGCACCCUUUUUGAGACGGAUGAACGAUACCGCCACUUGGGUUUUCAAAUUGAAGACCUUGGCUGCUGCAAAGUGAUUCGCCACGCCCUGUGGGGGACGCACGUGUUUGUGGGGACAGUUUUCACCGAUGCACCACCCAACAGCCUUAUAAUGAAGAAGCUGCAAGGGAACUAAUUAAUCAUAUGCAACACAGGAGCAAGUGUGCUCAGUGUGCACAAGCACAGUGACUGAAAGUCAGUUCAUCUCUCAAAGGCUCUCUGUCUGAUUUGUUGUAGUCCCUAUGAGGCACUUACGUUAUGAGAAUUGGAACUAUAUUUAUUUUUUCAAAGGUGUGAUUAUUUGUGAGAGAAAAUGAAGUGACUGGUAAAUGUGCUGCUUGAAUGGUAUAUUUAUGUAUCAGUGACACAGCUACUUUUUGUAUUGGAAAACUUCAAUCAACUUGAAAAAUGUAUCUCUAUUUCCUUUCCGUUUUAGCAUUGCUGCUGGGACUUGUUUCCACUGAACAGUAGAAUCUCAGUCAUUGUAAAUUCAGAUGGCAUUUGAACAUAGAUUAUUUAUUAGAAGAGUUAUAUCUAAGCUUUCAAUUAGACAAAAAUUGUAGAUCUGAAGAUCCAUGCUAGAAACAAUAAAUAGAUAUUUUUGGUAUUCACAAUUUCUGCCUGCUACAGGAAUGUUCUGGAGGCUUGGAUCAUGAAGACAGUCAGAGAAUUCAUAGUUGCAGCCUCCAGCACUUGUAUACACUAGCAUGAUAUAAAAUGUCAUUUUCAUGUGCCUUCUGA